GCCAAAACUCGGACUUUUUGCCGCUUUGUUUUAUGAUUUUGCUAUUAGCUGUACAAGCUUCGCAACAUUUGCUGCCAAGAGAAUACACACAGUCAGCUGUUUCUAGCCAAGACACGCUUUAUUUUCAGUAUAAUUUCGACGCGGCUUGUUUUUGAUAUCGAGAAGAUAAAGCUUAUUUCUUAAAACCGAACCGCAAACGAACAAAAUGGAUCUGGUGGACCUAAAACUGGAGAAUUUGUUGGAGUACGACCCUGAUACGAAGAGUUUGAGGGGAAACCCCCAGAUUCUGUACUAUCGCCAGCCGAGCCCUAGUGAAUAUCCGCUGGACCUAAACAAGGGCUAUAGUCAGUACAUCCCUCGAAAUGGAAACUUUCUACGCGCCUUCGGCCUGGUCCAGCACCAUGUGAUGCAUCUGCCGAAGCCGCGCCAGGUGCUCGAACAGAUGGACUUCUUUCUCAAUCGCGGAACAAUGCUGAAAUUCAUGGGCGAUGGGACUUACGGUAAACAAACGAACUUUGCAGCCUGUCGCUUCAAGGGCUGCAUCUAUGUGCGGUCAUUAUGGGAAGAUCACGAUGAGCGGUACACAGUUCCAUACUUGGCUAAAACCUAUACCUUAAAGGCACGCCAGUACGUUUUCACCCGUUCUCCGGGCGCGCUGCCGAACACCGAUGCCCCAGUGGAUGAGCGGAAGCAAGUGUAUGGAAUGUUCUCGGCCAAACUGGGAAGCUUUCGCCUGCUCUACUCGGCAGAAGUUAGUGGCGUGUCGAACAAGGAACCACUUGGCGAUCUAAACGAUCCGGAGGUGCUAAAGAAAUGCCAGCUGGCUUCGCUGAGGGUUGACAAAGUGAGCCGCCGGAAUAAUUCUGCGCCCUUAUGGCUCAUGCAGAGCUAUUUGGCAGGCAUCGAUCAGCUUGCCAUCGCCAACUCCAAUGAGCGUGGCCUCGUGUGUCGACCAAUAGAAGUGGUGUCCUGUGCCAAAGUGAUGAGUCAGGAGAGCCAAUUCAACAUACACGAUCGCCUCCAGAAACUGCAUAAGAUUCUCGAGGAGAUCAGCCUUAAGAUGGGCAACAAGGACAAUCCUCACCAGGAAUUGAGAUUCAAUAUGCGGAAAGACUCGAUUUUAUUUGAAAAUCGCCUUACGUCGAUUGAGCCUCCAGGGAAUUUCGACCAGCAAUUCAUCGAUUUUAUCAAUCAUUUGUAGAUUGUCCAUUACGAUAUGGAAUAACAAAUUACAAAUUUAUAUAAAUUAAUUUUCUCUUUUUGCUAUUGAGCAAAUUUAGCACUUGGAGUGAAUUUUUGUUGCUGUAAUUUUUAAAAAUUUGAAAUGUGAAUGAACCAUGUAUUUUUUUGUUUUGGCUAUUGAAAUGUAUGAAAAUUCAAAUACCAUAAAAAAAAGAAGUAAACCCUUGAAAAACCUUAGUAUGCAUAGGCUCUCGAAGAGCUAUUCAUUCUUGGGAGUAUCAUUAAUUCAUCAAACAAGCAGUA